GACUAGUGUGGUCUAUGACGCACGUCCUCCGUCAAUAUGCGGACUCCCCGGGAACUAUUACAAUUCGCCUUUGAGGAAUAAAUGUAAUUUAUUCAGUUAAUAAAUCUUAUAUCUGGAUAAUAGUAGAUGCGACACCGAUUCAGAAUCCUGGUCCUGCAGAAUGUCCAAGAUCAGGCGGAAGGUUACAGUGGAGAAUUCAAAAACAAUAUCCGAUAGCAGCAGCACCACCGCAUCCAGCAGCACCAACAACCCUGCGGCCCCUUCGCGACGGCCCAGCGUGUUUGAAAGACUCGGCCCGAGCACCGGAAGUAAUGCUGCUGAUAGUCACUGUAGAAAUUGGCUGAAGACAGGAAACUGCAGUUACGGAAACACUUGUCGCUACACACAUGGAACUCACCCACGAGGCAAAGGAUUUAAUUUCAGCCGGUCAGCAGAGAGACCCACUGGUGACUUGCGGGAGAGGAUGAAGAAUAAAAGACAAGAUAAUGACCCAGACAGUGUAAAGCGUGAUUUAGAUGAACCAGCAUCCCCCACAGGAAGACAGAGAGACUCUUCCAGGGGCCGACAUAGAGAGAAAGAGGACAUCAAAAUUAUUAAGGAGCGCACUCCUGCCAGCGAAGAAGAGCCCAUUGAGUGGGAAACAAACCGCGAAGACUCUGAUAUUGGUGAUUACGACUACGAGUUGUCCCUUGAGAUGAAACGACAGAAGAUUCAACGUGAGCUGAUGAAACUGGAGCAGGAGAAUUUAGAGAAGAGAGAGGAAAUUGUCAUUAAAAAAGACGAGACACCCACCAAAACAAGAUCCACAGCCAUGCACAAGGCCUCGCCCGAGCCGUUGCGUUCACGAGACUCCUCUCCGCCCAAGAAGUCCAGUGCCUCUCCAAAACAAAAAAGUGCAGUUAAAGGGUCCGGAAAGAAAGAGAAGAAGGCAUCUGCAUCAUCCCCUGUCGCAGAAACUGCAAAGACGUCGAAAGGUUCUCAUAGUAAGAAGAAAGGGCCUCGUACCCCGAGUCCUCCACCCCCAGUGCCACUGGAUAUCCCCGUGGUUGUAAAGAAGCACAAAGCCAAGCACAAAAACAAAGAGAAGGGCGAAGAGAAGCAGAAAGAGGGGAAGGACCGAGGACGUGAUGCAGAAAAGCACAAAGAGAAGAAGGAGAAACGUCGGGACCGAUCUGACAGUUCCCACAAGGCGAAGCGCUCAAUGACUUCGGAGGAGCGCUCUGGUAGCGUGUCAUCUUCACGCUCAGUCCGCAAGAAGUCCUCCUCUCCCAAAGCUGCUUCACAUAAGACCGCUCUCCUGUCUGCUCCACGCAGGUCUCCAACACCUCCACGCCACCAGCGCACUCCUACGCCGUCCCACCGCCACUCUCCUUCCUCCCGCUCUGACUCUUCUCCCCAGCGACAUACGCCAUCUCCUCGCCGCCGGCGCUCAUCUUCUCCCACCUACCACCGCAGCUCUACAGUUGCGGCCUCUUCUCCGCCAAGGUCCCAGCGCUCCCGUUCUCCUGCCACGUCUCAAGAUGCGUCAUCCCCCCAUCGCCGAUCAGACAAAUCAAGUCCUGCCCUCCACCAUUCCAGAGGUCGCGAGAGAAGCCGUGGCGACCGAGAGAGGAGUCCACACACUCAGGAGCGCAGACAUGAUCGCAGAGAUGAAAGCCGCAGGAAGGGAGACAAGGACGGUAACCGCGAUGACUGGGAUUUCGAUUCAGAGCAGGGCUUAUCAAGGGACAGCCGCGACGACAGAGAUGCCAGGGAUGUCCGAGAGCGACGGGAUGGCCGACAUAGAGGACGCGAAAUGACAAGGGAGCCUCGUGACCGCAGAGAUGUGAAGGAAACUCGAGAAAGCAGGACAGAAACCCGCUCGAGUCGAGAGUCAUUGGAACGACGAGAUCGUGAGCGUGAGAAAGAGAGAGAAAGGGAGAGAGAGCGGGAUAAAGAGAAAGAAAGGGACCGGAUGGACACCCUCAGAAAGGAAGAAAUGGCCCAGGAAGACAGGAGUUAUGGUAGAACUCAUGGCCGGGAAGAAGGAGGAAGAGAAGCACGAACAGAGACCAGAACAGAGCGAAACAGCCGUGGGAGGGGACGUGAUUUCUCUGACAAAGGCUCCAACAGGAACUCCCGAGGGAGCCAGCUGGACAGCAGUCAUGACAAUUGGGAGUCUCGAAGCAGUGGUGCACGUGAACGGAGCACAGAACGCAGUACCACAGAAAGAAUUUCCGACCGAGACAGAAGAGGUGACCAGUUCCGAGACUCUUCUUACGACAGGAGAGGCGGUCACAGUGAAAGAGACCGCAGGGAGAAUCGUGAGAGAGAUCAAAGGGCAGCUUCCCCAAACAGACAUCAGAGAAGAUCGGAGGAGUCCGAGAGGGACGAACGAAGGGAUGAGCGCAGGACAGACCGAGGAGAAGAGAGACGGGAGGACCGGACCAGAGACCGCGAGAGAGACAGAGAGCGAGAGAGGGAACGGGAGAAAGACAGGGAGCGCGAGAGGGAAAAGGAGCGAGAAAAGGAGCGAGAGGCUGAAAGGGAGCGCGCCAGGGAGCGGGAGCGAGAACGGGAACGAGAGAGAGAGCGAGAGAGAGAACGGGAGCGGGAAAGAGAGCGUGAAGAACGAGAACGGGAGAGAGAGAGGAAGGAGCGCGAACGGGAACGAGAGCAGCGGGAGAGAGAGCGGCAGCGAGAAUGGGAGGAGCGAGAGCGGGGAAGGGAGGAAAGGCGGGAGAGGAGGGAGGAUGCCCGCGACGACCGGACCACUCGAGAGACAAGAGACGACCGCAAAGCAAGCCGCAAGCGCCCCAGGUUGGAGACCAGCCCGAGCCCCCGACCUUCGCCCAAACGAGGGACGCGUGACCAGAGUCCUGCAGACAGUGAUGGCUACAACAGUACAGAUGAGAAAAGUGAGCGUCCACUUGGCCGAGGGCUGGCCAAGCUCCACCCACAGCCCCUCCUCCCCAGCCCUGUGUGUCCACCUCCAAGUGACAGUGUGGAUAAGCAUCGCGUGCUCAGCCAGGUGGUGCGCCCCCUGGAGCCCCUGUUGCGUUCACCAGCGAGGCCUGUGAUAUCCGAUGACAAACCCAGCCACUGGAAGGACGAGGAGCGCAGAGGAGCUGGAGAUAAGAGGGAUGCACGCAGCCGCCAUGACGACCAGGAGCCCCGAAGUGAGCGCAACAGGGGAGGUGACCGGCGAGCUGAUCAGCUGUCAGAUACACACACUGACUCUCGCAGCCGAGGCAGAGACCCACAAGACUCCACACCGCCUCCCGUUUCUGUUGCUGCGGGAGCCGAGAACGAAGACAGAGAUGUCGCUGUGUCACAGCCUCCAGAGGAAGGCAAAAAGAAAACCAAAUCACUGAAGAAGGGGAUGAAGAAAGGACGUAAAGAGGAAGACGCAUCUGGUGGCAAAGGUCUAACUGGAGACCGUUUCAACCAGGGUCCCGUGGCUUCUGCUUUGACAGAUGGUCCUCCGUCUCUGCUUUCACCAAGGAAGGGAGCAAAGAGGAAAGUGCUUGAGCGCAAGAGGAAACGCGGAGGAGAUUCUGAGGCAUCGGAGGAGGAUUCUUCAGCGCAUCAGCCACAAAAGAGGAAGAGAGGUCCUCGGACACCGCCUCCCUCCAUGAGACCAGGUCGUCGUGGCUCUGCCGGCAAUGCUGAGCCAGCCCAACUCUCCAAAAUGGACACCUUCAGUGACUGGUCGGAUGAGGAGGUCUCAGAUCGAGGAGGACAACUGGAUUCCGCUUCUGCUGAACGCCCUCCACCUGAGCCUCUUCGAAGAGGUGGGGGCCCCAGGUUGGGUCGGGACAGAGACCGGUGCAACCCCCCUCCGAUCGCCCCUCUGCUUCUGCAAGAUCCUCCGAUGCUGCUGCAGACUUUGACGCCACAGCCCCUGAUGUCCCAGCCCCUUCUGCGCAAGCCUCCUCCAGAGCAGACGCGCAGCAACAGCAUGGGAAGUAACCAAAGCCGCGCGUCAUCCAGGCGCCCGCGGUCCCCCUCCAACGAUUCGGCCCACCGAGAUGACGUGCAGGCAACACGUGCCCGUAGGGGGCGGCUUCCGGGCAGUGGCACACUUGACCGGGAAAGGGAGAGAGAAAGGGAAAGGCUUGCAGUGAGUGACCCACCAGGUACAGAGAGGAAAUCGCGAAUAGACCAGUUGAGGAGAGGCGAGCCAAGCCGCAGUACCUCUUCAGACCGCCAGGAUUCUCGCAGCCACAGCUCCAGGCGUAGCUCCCCUGAUUCUGAGAGGCAGGGCAGGUCCCAAUCCCGUGCCGGUUCCUACGACAGUCGAGAACGAGAGCGUGACAGGGAGCAGUUUGAUCGGGAGCGGGACCGAAAGGACCUCCGCCAACAGCAGCCAGCCCUGCUUCUUCAACAGCCUCUUCAACAACAGAGAGACUGGGACCCAGAAUCCAGGGACUGGCCUGGCAGGGCACGGGAGCCUCCUCCCCCCAUGCGUCCUGCUCGUGAACCCCUUCUAAGGGAGAGGGACGUUCGGGACAGGGAACGCUUACUAACCGAGGGACUCAUUCAGCAGAAUGAGCGGGAAAGGGAGCGUGAGCGGGAACGGGACAGCAGGGCUGAAAGGAGCGGCGAUAGAGAGAGGGAGAGAUUGAUGAUGCUGGACUUGCCCCCCCACUGUGACCCCAGAGCUGCAGGGCGAGGCGACCUGAUGCGGCAAGACAGAGGUGACUAUGAGCCCCUCCUGCCAAGAGAAGCCUUCAGCCCACCAGAAACCGAGAACCCAAGCAACAGCCACCCUGUGGGGGAGCAGUCAGAGAUGGAGAAGAUGGACAGCAUUGACGGAGAAGAGGAGGGGAAGGAAGACGACAGCCAGUCAGUGGCAUCUGUUGGAGAGGAGUACGAACCAAUCAGUGAUGAUGAGCUUGAUGAAAUACUUGCUGACAGUCAGAAAAAAGACGAUCAGCAGGAUGAGGAGAAAAUUACAGGCCCUCUGGAUGUCAUUGAUGUGGACUGGUCCAGUCUGAUGCCCAAACAGAAGCCAGAGCCCCGAGCGGCUGGAGCAGCUCUCCUGCGCUUCACCCCAGGCGCUGUUCUGCUCAGGGCGGGCGUCUCGAAACGACUUGCUGGGACUGCGCUCCUGGAGAAGGUCAGAGAAGUGUGCAAGGCAGAGCUGGAUGACCCAAAAGAUGCCGACAAGCUGUUUGAGCAUGACCUCGGGGCCUUGAACAUGGCAGCCCUGAACAGACGAGUGGAGAGGGCAGGUUUACUCAGCAACCUGGGGCCCUGCUGCAAGGCUCUCUCUGCCCGCAGAGACUUCGGCAUCCGCAAGCAGCUCUUGAAAAAUGACAAGGGCCUCACCAAACAGUAUCCCAUGAAUCCUGUGGUGGACAGCGAGCUGCUCCAAAUGAGCAUGCGUCUCUUUAGGAGAACUGUGACUGGUCAGACUUCUGUCCCAGAAAGAUCCGAUGGUGGGUCCGAUCCAGCUCCUGAAGAUGCCCCGGCGGAUAGCAUCAGCGACCUCGCUGUGGGACAGCCAGAGGUUUGUGUGUCAUGAGAUGCACAAUGCGGCUUUUAGUAUGGAAGCCUAUGAACAUAAUGGCUUCUAAGCCUUGACUUCUCCCUGUCCCAUUUCAUCGCAGACAUUACUUUGUAGUAGGAAAUAAAGCUGUUGAAAAUUUGGGAAUUGUGAUUAACAUUCAAUUUUUUUCCGUUAUGUGCAUGUUCUGUGUCAUUGAAUACUUGUGAAAUGUUACGGGAAAAAAGCUCUUCCGAAUGUUAUUGUUGGUGUCACAUUUUCAUACAUUAUGCAUUACUGUACUUACAAAUAGUGCUUGUGAAAUAUGUAAGACCAUCUUCCACAGAAGAAAAGCACCUUACAUAUGAACACUAGCUAUGAUGCAAAAAUGAAUUUGCCAAAAUUAUAGAUAUGUCAAUUAUCUCAUUGAAUGCUAUGAUUUGGUUAUGUGCGCCAAUCCUGACCUUUGAGCAAUACUUUUCUUUUUUAAUAAUACAUUUCCAAAUAUAUACAGUACACGAAUGCAAGUGGGACUUAAUCACUGAUAAGUGCUGGUAUUUUUAUUCUAUUUAUUAUUUUUACAAGAGCAACAAGAUAAAAAUACACCUCUCCCUGGUGUGCUUUUUUUUCCUUCUUUGAAAAGGCCCAUGGGCAACUAGUGGUCUUUUGCAGCGAACUGGUGCCUGUGGGAAUGAUGAUGAUGACCUCUUGAUGAUUUCUUUCUGAUCUUAAAAUGGAAAAAGUGGCCUCACCAGUGAAUAACAGCAAUGGUAGAAUUGGUCACACAAAUGUGUUUUCCUACAAAUGAUGAUAACAAUAAUGAUUCAUCCUGAUGACACCCGAGGUUACAACCGUGCAUUGAAUGGUUAACUUUUUCUUCCUGGGUCUUUUGUAUCAGCUUUCAAAUGUGAAACUUUGAUCUCCUGUAUUCUGAUGCAUCCAGUUCCUAUUUUGCAGGGAAUGACUAAAUAUUGGUCGUAUAUCCACAAUACAUUCGAAUGCUUAGUUACAUCUAAACUAGAUGCCUCUCUAAAUGUUUUCAUCAUUCACAUGGCUGACCAUGACAAAUUACAUUAAAAGCCUUGUACAGCUCAAUACAAGGAUUUUGCCAAUGA